AUGGCCUUGCCCGCUUCUUCGAACAAGGCAAGCACUGCGAUAUGGGCAGCCUAUGCGCCCGACCGUUUACCGUCUGCCAUGCGUUCAAAAUUCAGAACCACAAGUAUCGACGUACUUUGCUAUAAGCUCGCAGAAUUGCUCCCACGUCGCGUGUUGCCCGAGGACUAUAGGAAGGCAGAACGAAAGACUCUAAUAUUCUCUCAGUUCACGCAGAUACUCGAAAUCCUUCAAGCGAUUUCGAAGCUGAAGGCUUUUCAACUUCCAAUCAUGACUGGCUCCAUUGCCGUAGAUAUCAACGCGUCCGUCAUUGCCCGCGUCGAUCGCGGAAAGUCCACCCUCGCCCACGCCCUCAUCCCAAAGGUUAUUAUUGCUGCAGUGACAGCUGGUGAUAUGCGGCUUGCAGACUCACAAGACGAUGGAAAAGAGCAUGGCAUCACGAUCAAAUCGACAGCCAUCUCCAUAUACUUCGAAAUGGAAAAGGAAGAUGUCGAAAUUAUUAAGCAGAAGACUGAAGGCAGGUCUUCAAUUUAA